AUGUCUAUCCUUCUCAAAUCACUCACAAGGUUCAACUUGGCUUCUCCUCAUCUCACCAAAAGUUUCUCUUAUGUACGAAGCCAAUAUCAGCUUAUAACUGUACCUACGAGAACUUUUGGUUCAAACUUCUCGCACAUCAAUGAUACUCAGAGAAAGAGAAUAGGAUGGUGGCUUAUUGGGUGUGCCGGUAUGUGCUAUGGAGCUGUUGCUCUCGGAGGCUUAACCAGAUUAACUGAGAGUGGGUUGAGCAUGGUCAACUGGGAUCUGUUCAAAACUAUGAAACCACCAUUCAAUCAGAAAGAAUGGGAGUUCGAAUUCGAACGAUACAAGCAGUUCCCAGAGUUCAAACAUAAAUCUUCUUCUGAAGAAAUGACACUGAAUCAGUUCAAGUUCAUUUGGACCAUGGAGUAUCUUCAUCGUAUGUGGGGAAGAACCAUAGGUUUGGCUUUUUUGAUUCCUUGUGCCUAUUUCUGGGCUAGAGGUCGUUUCAACACCGGUAUGAAAGUUAGAAUGACUGCCUGUACUGCUCUACUGCUCACUCAGGGAGGAGUAGGUUGGUGGAUGGUUAAGUCAGGUUUAGACCCCUCCAACAAUUCCGAAUCGAGCAUCCCUCGUGUUUCACAAUAUCGUCUAGCCACUCAUCUUUCUUUGGCUUUCAUUCUUUAUUCUCUCUUUUUCUAUAAUGGACUCCAACACUUGUUGAAACCUGUUGAUCUCAGUCCUGUUCAUAAAUUAGGAAAAAUGAGAGGGCUAGCUCAUUCCUCUAAAGGUCUCGUCUUCAUCACUGCUUUCAUGGGUGCUUUUGUUGCUGGUUUGGAUGCUGGUUUAGUUUAUAACUCUUGGCCUAAGUUUGCCGAUAAAUGGAUUCCGGAGAACAUGCUUUCUCGCUCCCCUGCUUGGAAAAACUUUUUUGAGAACGAUGUGACAGUACAGUUCAUUCAUAGAAAUUUGGCUUACUUAACAUUGCUAUCCAUCACAGCUACUUGGAUAGCUGGUCGUCGAGCGAACUUACCUCGUCGGGCUAGAAUCGCUUUGAAUUGUACAUUAGGAAUGGCUUACACACAGGCUGCAUUAGGAAUUAGUACUUUGGUGAUGUACGUUCCUGUAUGGUUGGCUGCUCUUCAUCAAAGUGGAUCUAUGGCAUUAGUUUCAUUCUCUUUGUGGUUAACGAAGGAAUUAAAGCGACUUCCAAAGUAA